AUAUACACUGAUUAUAAAAAUACAAUCACACCCAUUAUCAUUUCAUAUCAGAGUGCUGUCCAAACUGCUGAUACACCAUUCAUGCCAUUCUCAGAAGAGAGCAGAGAGCAGCAUAUAUUUGUUGAAUGUAAAUCUGAAUUGCAUGAAAAAUAUGGAGUCACGAAGGAAACCGGACAGCAGGCUUUCGUACUUGUUCGACCUGAUUUGUACGUUGCUAGCGCAGUGUUUGAACAUGAUGUUGAUGAACUAAGGACAUUUUUAGAUG